GGCACCGCACUGCGCAUGCUCCAAACUAACGGGCCGCGCGAGGGUCCCGGCGGAACCGCCGCGAGCAACGGCCGCAGUGAGGGGCGGGCUGAAGCGUGGCGGUUUAUUGCCAAGCCAUGUGCCAUAAACCUUGGCAUUCAGGACAGUGGACCUCACAGAGCCCAGCCCAAUGCAAUUUUAGAGAAAGUGUUUACAUCCAUCACUAAGUCUCCAGAUGGAAAAAGGUUAGAAGGCUUGUCCAAGCAGCUGGACUGGGAUGUCCGAAAGAUCCAGCGCUGGUUUCGGCAUCGGAGGAACCAGGACAAACCCACCACCCUCACUAAAUUUUGUGAGAGCAUGUGGAGAUUUACAUUUUAUUUAAGUAUAUUUUUUUAUGGAAUCAGGUUUCUCUGGACGGCACCCUGGUUUUGGGACACACGACAGUGCUGGUACAACUACCCUUUCCAGCCUUUAACAUCCAGGCUUUAUUAUUACUAUAUCUUGGAGCUGGCCUUCUACUGGUCCCUCAUGUUUUCUCAGUUUACAGACAUUAAACGGAAGGACUUCCUGAUCAUGUUCGUCCAUCACUUGGCCACGAUUGGACUCAUCACAUUCUCGUACAUGAAUAACAUGGUGCGGGUUGGAACUCUGGUGCUGUGCCUCCACGAUGCUUCAGAUUUCCUCUUGGAGGCUGCAAAACUGGCCAAUUAUGCCAAGUACCAACGUCUGUGUGACGCUUUCUUCAUGCUCUUUGGGGUUGUGUUCAUCGUGACCCGGCUGGGCAUUUACCCUUUCUGGAUUUUGAACACAACCCUGUUUGAAAGCUGGGAGUUGAUCGGUCCCUACCCUUCCUGGUGGCUGUUCAACGGGCUCCUGGUGACCUUGCAGGUCUUGCACGUCAUCUGGUCUUACCUCAUCAUCCGCACGGCCUCCAAGGCCCUGGUGCGGGGCAAGCUCCAGGCCGGUGCUGACAGGAGUUUGUGCAAGAGCAGAGCUCAGGGACCUUCUGCAUGAGCCUCAUAUCCAAACACUUGGAUUCCUGAAGCCCUUGAAGACAAAGAGAACUACAAGUCGUGCCAGCCCUGCAGGAACACGCUGGACUUCCUUUAUCCUCCCUCCAAGCUCAAUAAAGCUCCUCAGCAGAGGAAGCCGUGUCGGCUCCCCCCACACGACAGUUCUGCUGAAUUUAAAGGUCACAGAGUGCCUGCUGAGAAAACGUGGCUAAUAAAAGGCACAGAAACAAGUGCAGUGCCAGCAGAUUAAAUUCCCCUUGUAAGACACCGAGCAGAGGGUUCAGAGCCCUGGAAAGGUCACUCAGUACGGGGCUCCUUUAAAGACACACAGGCACAAGGCGAGUCUGGGAAAAGCAGCUGGGAAGAGAUGAAUAAAAUCCCACAGUGUGUCCUGGGAAGCCCAAACAUCAGAGGAGGGGAGGCCUGGGGCGUGUGGGGCACAGUGGGGUCCUGGCCUGGCUCCUGCAGGCCCCAGGUGAGGGGGACCCAGCUCAAUGUUGCAAUCCCAACACACCAUAGUCCUACGGCCAAAUUUUAAUCCUGGAACCAUUGCUGAGACAAAGCAAGUGGGACACUGUGUGACGUUGUGGCUAAACAGGGACGUACAGGGACAUUCUUGCUGUUUCUGGGACAGCACAGGAGGGUGCAGAGCCAGGAGGGAACGGGCAGUGCCCUGUUCUGAGCACUCAGCAAGUCCAGCAGGCACCAACCCAGCGACAGCGACGGACUGAAGCCGCAGAACAAGGAGAGCAUCUCCUAUCUCCUCUCCAUGUUUAUUGUUAUUUUAAAGGUACACUGUUAAUCAGAGACCCCUUGGCUCUGGGACUUGAAUGGGGGAGAACAGGGAGCCCUACAGCAUUCCAACCUUCCAGCCCAGGUAGGGUCAGUGACUGCUGGGCAUGCUGGCCUGAGCAAACACCACCAGCUUCAGAGGAGCAGAGGGACAUGUGGCACACGGCUGGACAAGGGGCAAAUUUCAAAGGCUCAGUGUGAGGCCCAAGACCUCUGUCCUGUCCUAGGAUUGUUGGACAUCUCCGUGUACCUUUUGUGGAUCAUAUGCUUAUUCCUGCCCCUGUGCCACUGGGCAAGCUUGCAGCAUCCCCACAUGAGGGAAAGUGUGAGACCUCCUUCAGCUCCUGGACAGCCACACAGGGAUGCACAGAGUGGUCUAAAGCCAGCAAGAGGAAGGCAAAGUGUGGCUGUGGAGCAUUUACUGAACAGCAACAUGACUCAGGUGCGUUGUGGUGACCCACCUGCCUGCUGUGCAGGUACGAGGCAGGGUCACACCAGCUGCUCACACAGACUCAAAGGCAGUUGGUCCCUGCAGUGCCAAGCCCCAGAGGACAAACUGAGACAGGGAGAGAGGUCAGCAGGCAUGGAAUUAGCACAGGCAAACCUGUGACAACAGGGAGCUCCCAGGGCUGAUAGAGAGAGCAAAAGCUCGAAAUUAACAAGCUCCAGCGUGUCCCUGGGUCAGCAGGAGCAGCUGGGGGAAAGCAGCACAUGGCCGGGUGGCAAGGAAUGCCAUUGUCUGUGCUGGUACUGCUCAGAAAGAUCCUCAGCACCUCUGGAAGUCCUGAGAGC